UACGAACCCAAAUUCUCACUCGGAAUCAGAUCCUGAGGGUGCAAAACAGCGGGAGGUCCUCUUCCCACGAGAUCGAGCCUGAGAUAGUCGUUGCUGAAGCUCCAGUUAAAGAUGAAUCCAGGAGUGACUCUUCUGUGCGCCCUCAUGUGCCUUACUGCUGUAGGCUGUGACCGGGUGUAUGUCCACCCAUUUUUUCUGACUGCCAUUAACAACAACAGCUGCAAAGCAGUGGAAUACAGAGAACAGCAGGUGAAGACUUUUGGCCCCAUCUCGAUUGAGUGGCCCUUCGCUUCAAUGCAUGAGCAGGGUCCAUGGAACAAGAGCGAAGAGAGGGAAAACCAUCCUGGAGUGACCUACUUGGUAGAUCAGAUCUACAUUGUUGGUGCACGCUUCUACCAAAAGCUGAGGGAAAUACACAAGGGAGAGAAUAUGCUUCUGUCCCCCACAUUCAUCUAUGAGUCCCUCCUCUCCCUCUACUUAGGGACCUCUGGACGCACAGCGACUGAUUUGCAGAUUCUCUUAGGAUUCGACUCCCCAUCUAUUGACCCAAACUGUACCUCCAAAGUCGAUGGACACAAAGUCUUCUCUGCCCUCAGGAGCCUCGUCCACUGUCCAUUCCACCCAAAGGAAGAGGAUGGUCUGUUCUUAUCCAAGCUUUCCUGCUUUUUCUUGGCCCCUGGCAUCCACUUGUCAGAGUCCAUUGCCCGCGAAUUGGCCACUCCUGAUGUUAGUUUCUACAUACGAGCUGUCAACUUUACAAACCCGACAAAGGCAGCAGAACAAAUCAGCGCCUUUGUUGAAGACAAAAGCACCCACAAAGGCAAGGAUUUGCAGGAAAAUAUUGAUCCAGAAACCAGCCUGCUGCUUGCAACCUACACUCAGCUCAAAGCCCUUGUAAACGGAGCUACUCUGCUGAAGGAGCCUCAGGAGUUCUGGCUCGAUUCAGACACAAAGAUUUCCGUACCUAUGAUGACAGUAACUGGAACCUUUGAGUACAAAUGUGAUGGCAACCCAAACCUUUCCGUCAUCAAAGUCCCUGUCAGCCAGUGUGUAUUUCUGCUGCUUUUGCUGCCGACCAACAGCAGUCAGCUGGCCAUUGUUGAAGAUCAAUAUUCCAUGACACCUUCUAGGAAAUGGCUGGAAAACCUGUCACCAAGACAAAUCCACUUGACUUUGCCAAAGGUGUCUUUCCAAAGUGUUUAUAAUCUUCAGGAGCUACUUGUGAAACAGAACAUGGCUGACCUGCUUGGAAAGACAGCCACCUUCAGAGCACUAAGCAACACUAAUGUAACUGUUGGAAAGAUCAUAAAUCAACAACUUUUUGAGCUUAGUCCCACUGGAACAGAUCAGGCAGAAGCGGCCACGGAACAAAAUGAAGCUACGGAAACACUCAAAAUUAGAUUGGACAAGCCGUUCUUGUUUGCAGUGUAUGAAAGAGAGUUAGAAGCAUUGCUUUAUUUUGGCAGAGUAACAAAGCCGCGGAAAGGAACAUAAAUUUUACAGGGGGAAAAACUGGGUUCCCAGAUUUUUUAAAAUCUUUUUCUUACUUAGCUGUUUUUAUGUUCUGAAUUGUCAUUUGAUGUUUGGAAAUGCAAACUGAUGUCUUUCAAAUAUAAAAUUCAUUAAAAAAUUAUCAACAAAUAACG